AACACUACUGAGUUGUCUGUCAAAAGGUCAUAUGAAAAUUAAAUUAGGUUAAGUUUGAUUUUAAAAAUUUUUACAUUUGUGCUGACCUUGGAAAAAGGUGGUGACCUAGCUUGUUAAUUAUCUUCCAGUUGAUUUUUAUGUAAAUGAAUGAUGACACUUAUGUAAAUGGAUACGUGAGGGCAAUCAAGAAGAAAAUGAGUAAUUUUUUUUAAGGUUAUAUAAUCAAAAUAUUGUGAAAAAAUGUCGACAAAAUUCAGAUUUAUUUGGUCUAGAUUAUCAAAAGUUAAAGUAAGUUUUAAGACCGUUCCUGUAGCUAUGUUUUAUAAAAUGCCAAAUAGAAAUAUUGCUGUACCUGCUACACUUGGUUUUUCUAUAUUUACCUGGCUCGGUUUUGAUAAGAAACUCAGUGCAGAAGAUGAACUUAUUUUGACUAUAAAACAUUGUGUUCUUUUCAUCCAAAGAAGCGAAUAUGAAAAAGCUGAGCAGCUUCUCCACAUAGCAUUAAGACAAGCACAACAAAUGCAACAUGAACUAGGUGUAACUUAUAUCUAUGAUGUGAUGGCAAAUCUAGCUUUAGAACGGGAACAGUUAGAAAAGGCUAAAAAGUUAUUUAUUGCCGUCUCUCAAAGGAUCAUGGCACAAGGUGCAACUGAAGAUGAUUCCAGAGUGGUUCAUCUAAGUGUAAAGUUAGCUAGAAUUAGCCAUUUACAAAAGGAAUAUACAACUGCCCAACUUGGCUAUGACUGGUGCUUGCAGAAACUGAAUAAUGCAUUUCUCCAAGAACCCAGUGAUGGAAUAAAGAAACUUAUUGCACUAACUGAAGAUUGGUACGCUAGAUUAUUCCUGGAUUGUGGUAAAGAAGAACUAGCUCUAAAAUUCAUGAAAAGUGCACUGGACCGCAUGAAAGAGAUACCUGAUGUAGAAAAAGAGCAUAUAGUCAUUCAGUUAAAUGACAUUGGAACUGUAUGUGAUAAACUGGGGAAAGAUGAUGAGAGUAUAAGUUACUUUCAAGAAGCCAUCAACUUGGGAAAGACCCUAGAAAUGGACGACCUUGGAACCAUGUAUAUAAAUCUCGGUCGAGUUUAUUUGAAAAAGAACUUGCUGGAUCAAGCUAGGAAAUGUUGUGGCUAUGGCUGGAGGUUAGGAUUCACAGCUAAGAAAGAUGAUAUCAAACAAGAAGCUGAAGCUUGUAUAAAACAAAUAAAUAGCAUGAGUUAAUUAACAAAUAUUUUUAUUUAUACUCUAGUCUUAUACAUACAAAUAAGAAGAAAAUGGUAUUAAAUUAAAAAGUUAUAUCCCAAUAUUUCAGUUUAAUUUGUGGCACAAGGGUAACAUAGAAAAAAUAAUAUCAUUUAAACUUAAAAUAAAUGCACUGGUUGACAGAGAGUAAUUUCAUAAAAAAUACAUUCUUUGUAUAUAACUAAAUUAAUCAUAAUGUUAUUGAGCACUAUCCUUUGAGACCGCGAAAGGUUCCGUAACUUCUUCAACCUGGGUGUCGGCGACAACGACGUCCUUCACGGGACGGUCAUUGGAAGUAGUCACCGUUUUCUCAAUCUUGCGGACCACAUCC